CGAAGCAUAUGAAACUAUAUCCAAUGGCGUGCUACUACAUUGUGAUCAGUUCCACCCACCUGCGUGACGGACAGCUGAGGAGCAUCAAGGGGGUGUUCAGAGGACCAAUAGGAGCCAACGGCCAACGAAACACGGAGGAAGGGGACUCCAGUCUCUACUGCGAGCUGUGCGACAAACAGUACGUGAGACACCAACAGUACGACAACCACAUCAACUCCUACGACCACCACCACAAGCAGCGACUCAAGGAGCUGAAACAGAGGGAAUUUUACAGAGCGCUGGCCUGCAGGAGGCAGAGGAGACGCAGGGAGGAGAGGAGGGAGGAGAGGGUGCUGAGGAGGCUCCAUCAGCAUGAGGAGCGGAGGACAGGAGAGUGCGCUCCAGGUUCCGGCCCCAUGUUCAGAUCCACGACUGUGGCGGUUGAUCCAGCGAACCAGUCCAGACCGGACUUUGUGCAGAACUGGGCCGACAUCCACACAAGCAGCGCCACACUGGGAACAAAGCCUCAGACCCCCCUGAUCCAGCCCUUCCUCCCCCUGGACCCUGCACUGGAGACCAGACUCCUGAGCGACACGCAGUGGGUGUACGACCGAGUGGACGCCAACAACACAGCAAAUACUGCUGCUGCUGAAUCCUACGUCCUCAACAAGACCCAUCUGGACUACAGCGGCCAGACGGCUGCCACCAUUACCACCACCAACAACAACAACAACAACAUCAUGAACACUGAGAGCACAAAUGUCAACUCUUCUACCAAUAGCAGCCACUUUAACAAGAUCCCCUGGGCUCAUAAUCAUUUAAAGAACCCCAUUACUCCCAAUAACAUCCCAACAACUGCCACUAAUGCCUCCAUCUUCAACAAAACCACUGUGACCAGCUUCAGCAAGACCACCACCACCACCGGGCCGCCCGUCGCCGUGACUGACACGACCAGCAUCAGCAUCAACAGUAGCAGAUCGGCGCGUGGAGCAUCGGACUCCCAGUGCGUCCCGAGCAGAGUCCGUCCCGUGUCCUUCUCGCUGCCUAAAAGGAGCUGCGUCCUCCUCCACCAAUCAGCAGCCGUUUUCAUCCAAGCCGGACGAGGCUCAGGCUUGUCAGGGAAGCAGGAGGGUGUGACGGUGCAAGAAAGAACCAAAGAUCUGGGGGGGAAAGUCGCAGAACAGCAGCUUAAAUCUCCAGUAUCUGCAGACGUGGAUGUUGUAGCUGUAGAUCACUUUGACACUGGAAACCAGUGCAGUGUGGACAGUAAAACUGCAAUCCAGCACUCGGAGGCUGGAGCCAGUGUGUCUGCUGAGAGGGGAACUGGAGGACUCUCUGGGACUGGAGCCCAGGUUUCUUUAUGUAAUCGCAAUGGGAUCAGAGUUGAGGACUCUGUUAUCAGUGGGAACGGAGCCCAGCUCUCCUUAUGUAAUGACAAUGGGACUGGAGCCCAAGUCAGCAGCGAAAGUGGGACGGGUGCUAAUCUUCAUUUACAUGAUGCGACACCAGGACAGAUUUGUGACAGUCUAAGCACAACGGAGGCUCAAGCUUCAGUACCCAGAGACAAUGAGGCUGAAACCCACGAUGACGUAGACAAUCAGAUGGAGUUAGACCCCGCCCAAGAGUCGAAAGACCCGCCUCGAAAAUCACUUUCUGGUGUUUUAAAUGAGCCCAAAGAGUCUUCAGUUCAAACCCAGCCCAAAGAAUCGAACUCCUCUUCAUCAAACUGGACUAAAGAAUCGACGCCUUUGCCCCUGAAUCGCCCCAAAGAGCCGUUUUGUCGUGUCCUGAGCCGAGACGGCAGCAGGGUUCUUCUCUGGCCAUCGGAGAUGCUUAGCUACACCAAAUCUUCACCCUCCAUCUCCUACAGCGUCAACCCUCUCCUGUAUGACUUCAGAGCACAUAACAGGGCCAAGGAGGAGGGUGAGGACAAAAAAGGAGGGCUGGAGGAAGGCAGGGAGAGAAUAAAGCCAUCUGUGAUCAAACAACCCAACUGCCAACAGAGGCAGGAUGAUAUGGAGGGAGGAAGGGAGGUAAAGAUAGAUGAAAGGGAAGAAGAGGAUGAAGGUGGACAGGCAGGAAAUCCUAUGGAACUUGUAGCCCAUUGUAGCGGCAGCAAUGCAGUUCUGGAUCGCUCCGGCUGCCGUGAUGAAAGCGCUUUAAGAUUCGUUCCCGUUUCCGCAGAAUGCCACCUUGCACCGACGCUGGGCCUUCAAAAAAGAGGGAGGAAGAGGAGAAGGAAGAGGAGGGGAGGGGUGAGGAGGGGAAUGAGGAAGAGGGGGAGGAGGAAAAGAGGAGACAAGACAAAUAGAAAAGACACAGAGAAGGGAAGAAAGAUAAUAAGUCUUUCUGUGAAUCAGAUGUUUGAAGGGAGAGGAGAAGAGAGGUUGAAAAGAGAGGGCACCGAAAAAGAAAAAGGGCUAUUAAGUAAUCUUGCAGCGCAUCGGCUGGUAGGAGGGAAAGAAAAGAGGAUGAGGGUAGAAGAGAGAAGGAUAAGAGGAGAUCAGACAGAGCGAGAGAGGGCAGGUAGAAAUGACGAGAAGAGAGGCGAGCCAUUAAGUAAUCUUCCCGUGAAUCGGUGUAAUCGGUGUAACCAGCUGUGUCUGCAGGUGAAAAGGGAGGCCAGCCAGCAUCAAUCCCAGCAAUCAGCCUCCGGGUGGGGCCAGGGGCUCAGAAAGCCCCUCUGCAGGGGUGUAGCAUGUAACUCAGUGAUUAGCCCCGUCCCUGAGUCCGUUAUAGACACGCCAUGCUGUCCUGCAAUUACACCCGACCCUGCUCAGAAUGACAAGGAGACGGGGGAGAUGCACAAAAAUACACAAGCGAGGAGGGAGGUUGGGCAGAGAGAUGAGGAGCAAAGGUAUCAGAGGAAGACAGGGAUAAGAGCGGUUCAGGAUGCCGGAGAAACCGUGUGUAACCUAGCGAUUAGUGGUGUUUCUUUUCCCUGUCGAGUCGCAGCACGCGAGCCAGAAAUUUGUCUUGUUCCCGCACCUCACAGGAAAGCAGCAGGUGAUCCAGCGAUUAGCCUUGUCCCCGCUCCCUUUAGAGAAACAGCGUGCAGUCAAAGACAAACAAUGCCUGCAGGACACAGCGAUCCCGCGUUAGGCCCGGCCCCACGCUGCUCAGCACAACAGACAGAAACAGAACCAAGAAUUAGAUCAGCCUGUGCGGCUAUGACCCUCGCCGGUGAUGCAAUUUCAAAGGAAGUGAUGUCAAAGAGAGCAGCGGCAGCCGGCAAGAGGAAGAGGGAAACGCCGGAGGCUGAGGCAACACCGAGGAAGAAGCGGAAAAGGGGGAGGAGGAAAGCGAGGAGAGUCGUGAGCGUUUUGAAGCAGAGAGCUUGGGCUGGUUUGACCUCUGAGCUCGGCGUCGAUCGGACCUCCUGUACGCAGGACCUCAACAGCAACGAGACCGGGGCACUUACGGCUGAGUGCAGUCCAGAGGAUAAAAACACGGACUGCCACUUCCUCUGCAGGACAAAACACUGUCUGUGUCACAACGCUAACGACAGGGAAGGAACAUUUAGCCGUAACGCCGCUGACAAACUGGAUAAUUGCCUCUGUGACGACAGAGAAGGCCACGCCGCUAAUGGAGGCGAGGAAGAGACGGAGAGCCGGGCUGAGAAAUCUCUCAGUGACUGUAACACCUGCGACACACCACGUGACCGCUGUCAGUGUCGCGAUGCUACGGAUGACGACCAAACGAAACACCCCGACAUCAACGACACAAAUAUCAAGGGUUUGUCUCCCGAUGACGCGGACGGACCUACCUGUAACACACCUGUGGACUUACGUCCAAAUGACUCACUCACCUGCAGCACGCACGCUGACCACUGUCGCACGGAGAGUGAAAACAUGUCCGCUGACACUGACGAGACAACAGCGUUUGGUGGGGGGGCUACAGCUCAGAGCGAUGCCUGUAACACUGCGCACGACCGCAAUGGCCGCUGUAACUGCAAAACCAAUGACGCGUGUAAUCACAACUGCGAUUAUAACUAUACAAAUAAGAAAAGUGGGAGCAUUGAGGAAGAUAAAACCCCACCGCAGGGUCACAUUCAACACCUCUCUGAUUCAGCAAUUGAUUACAGUACCUGCGGCGGUGCCGAUCAGAGCAGGAGAAACGGCGCCGAUGUUAUUGACAAAGGCCGGUGUGAUUAUUCCAUCAGUAAUCACGUCACUGAUUGUAAUAUUGUUGAUAACAAUAGCGGCAGAAAUGAGGCCGGGGAUGUUGCCCUCAUGAGUGUACGUACGAAGCAGAGGGGGGAGGAGGAGAAACAGACGGAGAGGAUGACGGUAAAGGAGAGGCAAGAGGAGUGGUGGAAGGAGUGGGUGAGGAGGAAGGAUAAAGAAAAAGAGGAGAAGGAAAGGGAGAGAAGGAAGGAGGUGGAUCUCUACCCGGAGAAGCGGCCACGUUUUCCCCACGCUCUCCCUCCUCCGCCGUGCAUCCCCCUCCACGCUCCUCUCCUCUUCCCGCCAUCCCUCUCCUCCUCCUCCUCCUCUGCCUUCUCCUUCCAUCACACCAUCAUCCAGCAUCACCUCUCCCUCCUCCCGCCUCCGCCGCACCUCCCCAUCCACUCAUACCCUCAGCUCCUCCCCUCUUUCUCCCCGCACCUCUGUCCCCUCACUCUUAAUCCACCUCCUGCUCCUCCACCGCCUCCCCCGCCUCCCCUGCCGGUCCCUCCCUCUUUCUACACCUCGUCCCCCAUCUCUCUCCUGGAUGCCCCCGGUCCAUAUCCCAUAGCAACGGCGUUCCACCCCGUGCAGAGUCACCACCCAUCUCUGUAUCCCCCGCCACAUCCUGCAGUCUUGCCCUUACAAGUGUUGUUCUGAUUCUUUCUUUUCAUUUUUUUUUUUUGUUUUUUUGUUUUGAAAGCAGCAAAAGAAAUAGACUCAUGAAAGGUUCAUUUUCCUAUUUUCCAAGGAACAAGUUGUCAGCCGGGUUGAGAGCAGCUUUUAUGUGUCAUUACCUGCACACUCCAGAAUGAAACAAGAAGAGGGGAAACAAUUUCAAGAGGACUUAAGUAGAAGAAAACAGAACUGGUCUUUCUUAAAGCCGAACCUCUGGCAACCUCACCGCCCCCUCCAAACACUGUAAGCACUGAUUCACACGUGUGGGGGGGGGGGAAAAGGAAGAAAAUAAAGAUGGGUAAUUAUCUUCAUCAGUCGCAAUCCUGCUCAAAAUGAGCCUCAGGUGUGCAGCCAGCGGGAUCGUGGUGGGGCUACGCAGCUGGGCUCGUUUCCCUCGGCAGAAAUCAGUCGAUGCUCCUGUUUUGCAUUUUAAACCAAUGAUUUGCUUGCAAGGCAUGUUGGAAAUUUUAUGGUUUGUGACUUUAAAAAGACAAAUUCAUCCUUGUACACUCUCAGAUAUCUUCAGUCUGUGAUAAUAAAUGAAGGAUUUUUUUUUUUUUCUUGUUCAAAUUUCCUCCUGAGAGGUUCUACUACUGCUUUUCUGUAUUUCCCUGACUCCUCUUAGAGAUAUAUGUGAACUUGCUGCUCUCAGCUGGUCAUCAUCAUGGAGAGUCAACGACCUGCAUGACGUUUUAAGCGAGCCUCUGUUUUUCUGCUAGAAAUAGACAAAACAGAGGGUUUCCUCCAUCGGUCUCUCUAAAAGGUUGAAACAAGUUCCUGGAGUUUCCUGUCCACAAUUAACAUAAAAAUAAAAAUAUAUCUGCUACUUCAACAUUUGAGCACCUGAUCAUUUUAACAAAGAUAAAACAAUUAUUUGGCCGGUUUUCAGUAACGAAAUGAGUUUUCUUCCACAUUUACUUGGUAUCAUACAAACUGUAAUUAUGAGUUGGAAAAACGCAUCAGCGUCCUUGUUGCUAUUCCAAGUGAGAGAUGCUGGGACGUCGUGAUGGCUACGAUAUCUCCCACUUGGCAACUAGUGAGCUAGUGGCAGGAAAGCCUCCAUAACUGGGAGUUACAUAAAUAAAAUCCAGAAUUAAAGGGGAGCUCCGCUGAUUUUACACAUCAAAGUCCAUUUACAAGUCAUGGGGAGUGCUACUGCAUAUGUGAAAUAAGUUUUGUGGCUCCAGAGGGAGCUGUGUGAAGUCUGAUGAACUGGGGCGUCGGCUGGGGCUGAAGUUUGAAAAGAAAAAAUAAAAUAAAUAAAUGUGGGGAUGUGGAGUUAAAAAGAAGUGAGCUUACCAGACCUCUGCAGCCUGCUCUUUAUCUGAGGCUAGCAAGCUCCCGGCUACACCGGCCGCUACCGUAACACACCCAAAUCUCUGACUUAACUGUCAGCGGUCAACUUGCAUUGUGGGUAAUGUGAGUGGCAGGUUUUGAUAAGGGAGACGAAGAAUUAAAAAGAUGUCGUCUCUGGUUCUACUGCACUCAUUUUAACUCUCUAAUAAAAUCAGUUGAGCUCAUUUCACGUCACUUAAUGAACCACUACAAAAUAUAACAUAACAAUAAUGGCUCAUUUAGACGUUAUUUUCAUUUAUCUGAGGUGAGGAGCCUCUCAGCAGCUGUACGAGCCUCGUGGGAGCUCUAGUUACCUGAGUGGCAGCAAAAUGAUAUUUUUCUUUUUUGAAAUGAUGAGCUGUUUUGAUUUUAUUGUUCAGUACAGUAGUAAAUACCCAUUUGGCUCAAAAUGUGGACACAAAAAACACAACAUCUUGAUUUAGCUUUUCAGAAAGUGCAAAUUCAUAAAGAAUUUUUUUUAAAAAGGCCUUAACCUCCUAAGACCCGAGCUCUAUUCUUUGCUAUAUAGGCUGAUUGGGACCUGAGAAAAAUGAUGUCCACAUAUGAGGACAUUAGUUUUAAAUUUCGAUUACUGAGUGGCAGUAUAAUAUCCUCAUAUGUGGUCACCAGGCCCUUGUUGAGAAAAAGUUAGUAUUGUGGUCUAGAGAACCCAAAAUGUGAGGUCCACAUAUGUGGACGCCAGGUCCUAGGAGGUUAAUGAGAAUUUAUAUUAAGUUGUGGUUUCUUUGCUUUUUCUAUGCAGAGAGGGGUGUUAUGGGUAACUGUAGGUCUCAUGUGAGGUCACCUGAGCUUCAGGUGUAUACUUCAUUUAUAAUCCAUACAAGUAUAAAAGAAACGUCUGAGCAGCAUCCAUACAAAUUCAAUCUCAGUUCACAAAAAGCACAUCUCUCAAACUUCAGCCCCGCCGUGUCCUUAUCUCUUUCUUCAUUCAAAGUAUUUCGUCUGAAUCCAGUUUGUUUUUGGUGUGUUGCUCCACAACUCUCUGCAUAAAGGCCAUUGAGAGAAGAAUGAGAGAAAAGUUAAUUGGUGAUAAUGGUUGGAAAAAAAAAAAAAGCUACAGGAACACCUCAGAAAAAGAAAGAAAAAAUCUUUUGUAAAAACAUUUUGUUUUCUCUUUAAGCUGAAGCAGUGGCAUUUUAAAACGGAGGUUUGAUUGAUGUGUAGCGGAGCAUAGAAAACAGAAAAUACUAUUAGUUUGCAGUAUGGAAAUGGGAUAGUGCAAAGAUGCUGUCAUUAGUGUAUUAUUUGGUAUGUUCGCUUCUUCUGUAAUGAAUAUUUCUCCUGCGUGGGUGCUGAGUCAGAGCAGACUGUGGAGUUUAGAAAUGAGCCUUUGCUCUUUGAUUUUGAGGGACUGACUCCAGCCACCGACCUUUACUCCUGAUGUUUUCGACUGUUGAUUUUCUGCCAUCUCACUCUGUAACAGCUGCACUAAAAAUACCCCCAAUGUGUGGGGAUAACUUUACAUUUAGUGACUCACCCAAAGGAAACAAAGGCCAAGAAGCGCGCGCACACACACACACACACACACACACACACACACACACACACACACACACACACACAGUGAUUCAGCACGUCGUGUGACUUGCUCGGCUUCAAUAGUGCCGUUCCCCCGGGAGGAGGUGUUCGUGGAGAGAGAUGAGUGGUGAAGAAAUGUAGGAGGAUUUGAUUGUCAGGCAAUCAUGAAACAACCUUUUUUUGAUUAAAGCUCCCCCCCACCCCCCCACCCCUCCACCCCUCCCCCACCCCUCCACCCCUCCUGUUGUCACUCGUGGGUUGCUUGUUGCAGUGUGACAGGUGAAUUUCCGCUUUGGGUUCUGCGACAAAGCAACGUGCAUUGUGUCUAUUCACUCAAAUGCAGGAAGUAGAGAGUGUUUCUUCCUACUGGCACUUUUCUAUCUGAGCAGCCCCUCAGGGUGGAUUUUUUUUUUCCUUUAAAGCUAGGUGGGGGGGUGGGGGUGGAUCCACCCUUCUCCUUCCUUCAGAUUUUUCCUCUUUUCAGUCUUAACGCUCCCCACUUUGUGCCAUGUGCGGCAGAAAUACCUCAUAAUUAACAAAGCGUGACCGCCCUGUGUCUUCAUAACUCCAGAGAGCGGCUGCUGUCACACUCAAGACUCUCGGAGGUGUGAAUGGCAGGAGUAACAAUGAGGGAAGAGCGGAAUAACUCCCACACUUACAAACACAUUUGUUUUUCUUAGACGUCUUCUCUCACUCCUCUGAAUUUGAACAUCUGGCUGCGAUGGCUUUGGGGCAUAACUGGCAGCGUCUAUCCAUCGCAGCAACUGUGUUAUUCUGGGGCACAAUGACAAACAAAGAAAGUAAAACAAAGAGAAAUAUGCAGGAAAACUGGACUGUUUGUGGACGGAUCAACAUCCUUACUCGCACUGCAAAAUACUUUGGAGGUAUUAGUCCCAGAGGCCUGGACACACACAGUUUCAUCAUUACAGAUUUCAGUUGCAGCUGCGGACUCCUCACCAGAUGAUCCCCAAGUAUGCUGGGCAUGUCGCCAUGGUGACACUACGGAGCCCACGGUGGCACACUUGCAGCUUUUUGCUUCUUGCUUUAUGAUUUUAUGAUUUAAGAUUUAGUGACAUGAAGCUCACCAUUUCUUCUACUUACAGCUGCGGGUGCAGGAAAACACCACAAUCAUAUUCAGCUGGUGUCACUCACUCACUCACUCACUCACUCACUCACUCACUCACUCACUCACUCACUGUAGCUCUGUACCAUGAGGGGUUUGAAACCAUAUGUUCCCUGUGAGCAUAUGGUUUUAUUUAUUAUUGUGAUAAAACGGUGUAAAUUAGAGAAUAAAAAAAAAAGCUGUUAUUAAAUGUAUUUUUGUAGAGAAACCUCAGUUGAAUGAGGCACAGUUUUUGUAUAUGUCCUCUGAUGCUAUAUUAGCUAGUAAAUGAACUCCGCACCUAUUUAAUUUGUCCUCUUGUUAAGCUGUUGUACAUAUGUUCGUUAAGGACCUCGUAGUCAUUUGAUGGGUUUAAAAGGCCACGUUUAAGUUACAUCAGAAAGCAGUUUUUCCCGGUUUUGUCAAAGAAAUGUCUUGAGAUCCUGAUAAACUAAUAUUUGGCUACAUCCUUUGUGUAAUCUAAUUUCAGCAGACUCAUAUCCACAGAUGUUAUCCCUGCUAAUAUAAUAGGUCUAGUAAAUCCAUGGAGGAAAACAAAUUACUCUGGAAAUGGAAAUAAAUCAGUAGACUUGA